AUGAGUGAUACUUCAGAAGACACGAAAAUCCCAUCCUUUGCAGCCUCUACUCUUCCGCUUUACCAUGGUCCCCUCAUCACGAUUCGAAUCGAACCGAUCAACCGAGAAUACACGGUGUCGAAGAACCUCCUCUGCUCGGAAUCUCCAGUGUUCUCAGCUAUGCUCGAAGGUAGACUUCGAGAGUCCCAAGAACAAACAGUAACCCUACAGCAAAUCAAAGGCGUUUUGUCUACCCGGAGUUUCGAAGCCCUUCUUCAAUGGCUAUACCAGCGCACUAUCGAGUGGGGUUACAUCUCAGAAAAAAUGCGCAUCCAAGCCGCCGUAGAGCUCGCCAGACUGGCGGAAAUGUACGAAAUUCCCUGGAUCGAAGACGCGCUGGCGGAAUACAUCAAGGAUAUCUAUGCCAGAAAUGAUCGUCUCGCUGAUACGCGAUACAAGCUGGAUGAUGAGGCGAUCUUUUUGAGUGAGCGCCAUCCAGUACGCCGUGUCAUGGCUCAAGCCUUCGUUCUACGGUACCUCCAAUGGGAAGAUGAUUAUGAAUCCUCAGAUGACUUGAUGACUCAGGAACAUCCUAAAUUCGCAGCUGAUCUUCUCUACGAAGUGAGGGAAACACUGCAUACUCUGAGCAACCUGGACGUUCUUACUGUGGAGGAGCCUAUCACCAAGAAAAGAAGGCUUCUGGCGAAGGUACACGAGUGA